AGACUGAAUACUUAACUCGUAUUCCUGCUUGGUUACCGGCUACUUUUACAUCAACUUCGUUAGAUUCAGCUGAAGCAGUUAGUUAUAGACUUUAUCGUCGUUUGUCCAGAAUGCCAUUAUCGAAGAAUUCUGAAGAUAAUUUAUCUUAUGAUCAUACAUUAUAUGAAAGAGAUAAACCAGAUGUUCACAUUAUACACAAUAAAGAUCAAUAUACUGAUUAUCAUAAACUGGAAGAUGAUGAAUUAGCUUUACUUCGUGCAUCACUUACAGAUUGUAGACAAUUAGUUUUCGAUAAGCAAACAUCAACAUCUAAUUUAUCUAAUGAUGCUAAUUGGCGUGCAAGUCAUUUAGAUCAGAUUACUGAACAAGGUCUUAGAUUUCUUAAAUUAGGUUUUGAUCGUCAGCAAUCUGAAAAAACUGAAGAUAUAAUUGAGCUACCAGAGUACGACAUCAACGAUGACUGAAUCAACACUUGCAAAAAAACAACAACAUCAACAUUCAUCUCAUGUUACUUUUAAUUUGGAUUGUACAGAUCAUUCUCCAUUGAUGCUAUCAGGCGAAACCAAUAGGAAAAACGAAAACUGGUUGAAAGGAUCUCAAUAGUCAUAAAGCAAGACAAUGGUUCUUUCAAGUUAUCCACCUACUGAAGGUUCAACUGAAAAUUCAAAGAUGUUAAGAAGGGAUCAAGUGUAAGAUUAUGAAUUAAUUGAAUAGGACAUUUGAUUGUUUU